CCAACAAAAACCCAACUCUCUUUUUGAUUUUUUUGCUUUUCAUGAGAAGAGAAAAAAAAAAAAAAAAAAUAGAAGCUGUCUCUACCAGAAAAUCUUGCUUAUACAAAGAGUUGUCAAUUUUCAAAGGAUAGAGUUAUGGGCACUGAAGAAUUGGAUUGUGUAGCCAUUAGCAUCAAUGAGAAGCUUGGCAGUCUAUCUCCACUAUCCUCUGAUCGUUGCAUCUUCAAAGUUCCUAAUCAAGUACGUGUGGUGAAUGAAAAGGCAUAUGCGCCCGAGAUUAUUGCAAUUGGUCCUUACCACCGCGGUAAGGAUCAUUUAAAGGCAAUGGAAGAGCAUAAAAUACGGUAUCUUCAGAGAUUUCUUCGAAGAAGUCAUCAGAAUAGUGUAUUAGGAAUAGUCCAGGCCAUAAGGGCGUUGGAAGAAACAGCUCGUAAUUGCUACUCGGAACCUGUAAGUCUUACGCAAGAUGAGUUUGUGGAAAUGAUGGUUGUUGAUGGUUGCUUUAUUGUUGAGUUUUCAUAUAGGUGCGUGGAAACGGCUGAUCCGGAAGACCCUAUAUUUCAGACGAAUCAGAUACAAUCCAGAUUGAUGCUGGACCUGUUAUUAGUUGAAAAUCAGCUUCCUUUCUUCGUACUUAUUAAGUUAUUUCACAUGAUCACAGGUCAAGAAAACUCGAUAAUUAAGUUAUUGCUAAAGGUCUUUAAGUUUUUACUGCCAGGCCGAGGGUAUAAUCCUAAACAUGAAUACACUUCAGAACAAAUUGGGCAAAUACGUCAUCUAUUAGAACUAAUACACGACAAUUGGCAGCCUUUGCCUACAAGAAUGGAAAGCUACUUGAACAUGAGAGAGAAUGUUAAAAGAAGUUUCCCACGUUGUGCAAUAGAACUCCAGGAGGCGGGGAUCAAGUUCAAGAAAGUUGAGGAGCAAAAUCUUUUCGAUAUCAGCUUUAGAAACGGCGUAAUGAGAAUCCCAACACUGACAAUUAGGGAUGAAACAGAGUGUAUCAUGCGAAAUCUCAUUGCCUACGAGCAGCUGAUUCCUAGAAGCAGUCCGAUAUAUGUUACUGAUUAUAUGAUAUUCAUGGACAGUCUCAUCAAUUCUGAAAAAGACGUGGAGCUACUUUGUCACAAGGGAAUCAUCGAAAACUGGUUGGGUGACGAUAAAGCAGUUGCUAUAUUAUGUAACAAAAUUGGGGAUAAUGUUUUCUGCGAUAGGGCUUUGUACGCUGAAAUACAGUACAGUGUAAACAUGCACUGCAAUAAGCGAUGGAAUGUGUGGAUGGCCAAGUUAAGGCACAAUUAUUUCCACAGUCCAUGGGCACUCAUUUCAGUUUUGGCUGCCAUCAUCCUGCUUUUCCUCACCUUCUCACAAACCCUGUAUUCAGUCUUUUCUUAUUAUAAAUAAAUAAAUAAAUACUAUUUCAAGCAGCA